AUGAAGAGAUAGAAGAAAUCAACAACAACAGUUGAUAUAUAUUAUAUGGAAUGCCAAAUAAACAAACUUAUUCGUUCAAACACAAAUAAUUCCAUUCAUCCUCAAUCUCUUAAACAUCAUGUUGAUACUCAAUUAAAUAUUCCUAAGCGAUCUACUUUACAUAAACAUAACCCAGUAUUAAUUGAAAACAAAAUAUAAGCGAGUACCAUGUAUUAAAAGAAGUCUCUACAUAUUCAUGCAAGGCCGAUUUCGGAAGACUAGACUCGAAAAUUUCAUCCAAUAAAUAUGGAAGAGCUGAUAUUACCAUAGAGAAGCAAUUUAAUAAGACAAAUAAAGAAUUAGAUGAUGUUUCCUAGAUAAUAAUGGAGUAAACAAGAGAACAUAGAAAAUAGAAAAUACCCGGAGAUAUUUAAUCCUCUAAAAAUAUCAAGGAAACCAAUAAAAACAUUUUCUAUCAAUCUAAAGUCAUCUUUUAAAUAAGUUUCGAAUACUAGUAGAUUGAAUACGGGAUUGAAUCUCAGUAAUUAAAGAAAUUUCUCUCCCAUGAGAACUAUGACCGAAAGACCUAAUGUCGAUUUAACUGGAUGGCAAACAACAGAAGAUGUAGAAUGGGUGUGA